AUCCAUUUAUAUACUAUUCCAGGUAUUUCACGUGACCAUUGGCACAAGAGGCGAGCAACUGGAGGUAAACGCAAACCCCUCCGUAAGAAGAGGAAGUUUGAGUUAGGACGUCCGGCUGCAAACACAAAGCUUGGAGCCCGUCGCGUUCACACGGUACGAACGCGAGGAGGCAAUAAAAAAUAUAGGGCCCUACGCUUGGACACAGGCAACUUUUCGUGGGGUUCGGAGGGUACUACGAGAAAAACCCGUAUUAUUGACGUGGUUUAUAAUGCUUCGAACAAUGAGCUGGUGAGGACCAAAACCCUCGUAAAGAAUGCGAUCGUCACCAUUGAUGCGACGCCCUUCAGGCAGUGGUAUGAAGGGCAUUAUGUAUUACCACUUGGUCGCAAACGAGGCGCCAAAUUGACUGAGGCUGAGGAAGAGGUACUGAGCAAGAAACGCUCGAAGAAGGCAGAAGCAAAGUACAAGGCAAGGCAACGAUUUGCUAAAGUUGAACCUGCUCUGGAAGAACAGUACGCUACCGGACGUGUUCUUGCAUGUAUAGCCAGUAGACCUGGUCAAUGUGGACGAGCUGAUGGUUACAUACUGGAGGGAAAAGAAUUGGAAUUUUAUAUGAGGAAAAUUAAGAGUAAAAAAGCUAAGUAAACAUAUGUAACUACCGCAAGGAAAUAAAAUAAUUUAUAAGAAAUCA